AGCACGCACGUAGCUGUCAGUAGGAAAUGCUGGCUGUUCUCGUUGGAUGCACCCCUAUUGCUGUGCUCGGAUAAAUUAAUCACAGGACGUCCCUUUGUUUCAGAAUGGAAAGCUGUUACUUUAAGUAUUGCUAGGAUAAGAUGUGAAUUGUUGAAGUCAAUCCGGAUGUCUAACCGAGUUAACAUUCGGCUUGCCAACUAGGCUAACUGUCGGCGCUAAUGCUAGUAGUUAUAUUAGGCUAAAAUAGGCUAAGGUAGCUAGCUACUAACUUAGCUAGCUAGCUCGCGGAUUGCAGGACGUUCGCUUCUCCAACGGCUCACCCCAGACAGCGCUUCCUGCACCGGUCUCGCUUUUUCUUGUUUUCACCGAACUGAGGAAGUUGUGGAACCGGAGCUGUGGCGGGGGGACGUGCCAUCGGGAAACCCCUGGCUUUCCAGGCGGACGGCUUUCAGUGACACGCCGGUCGUGGGAGACAUCAACGUGAAAAAACCAUGGCUGAACUGUCCACAUUAUCUCCAUCACCACCUGCAUUGGUUGAUCCUCACACAGCUCCAUCCAUCACUCCAUCUUCAGCAGCUCUCCCUACCCCCAGCAGUCCUGCUCCAGAGUCUGUCAGGGAGAUGUCCACACCCAAGUCUUCCCUUUACAACGACAAAGCUUUGACUGGAUAUAAUCCUGCUGCACUGUCAGGGGGUUCACCCUUGAGAUCUUACAAACCUCCAGUGAGUCCUCCCAGACUCACUGCUGAGACCAUCCCAUCACUGGUACAUGAGGCUGCUCCACAAAGAGGAGAAUCAGCAGGGAAUGAUGAUGUGACUACAGCUCUUGUUAUCAAGCAGGAGACAAUGACGAGUGAUCCAGCUGCUGUGGAGCUUUUGAAUACUGAAAUGUUGACCCCAGCACUGGCAAGUGAGCCAUCAGCUCCAGGCGAAUUGCCACUGGCAUCCCCGUCCCCUGAUCUCAAUCCUGGUCCUAAUCUGUACCCAAAUGUUCAUGUCACUCAUAACCCAACUCCUGUCCUGGAUGAUGGUCAGUUUUCAGUGGGCCAACAUCAAACAGUUUCAGGUUCCAAUGCCACACCUGCUCCUUCAGCAUCAGCAUCAGCAGUUGAAGAGGAGACACCCCAGCCGCUCCAACAAGCACAAAACCCUCAAGAUGAACCUGCUCUUUUAACCUCAAGGCCUGAAGAUCCCAGCGAAGCCAUGAAGGGAGAGCUGCCCACUACCCCCACCAGAGCUGAACACCCCAGUCCUACUGUCCCACUGAUCCACGAGCCAGCCUGUGUUUUCCCCCUACCCAAGCCCAAGCCAGCCCCCGACACCCUCAGCUAUCUAGAGUCAGCCAGCCUCAUGUCAGGAACAUUGGAGUCUCUGUCUGGGCUGGGAGAGGAUGGAAGCUCUGUGGGCUCAGACUCUGAGAUCAAUGGCCUGACUGUCAGACGCACUGAUAAAUAUGGCUUCCUAGGUGGAAAUCAGUACAGUGAUAUGGGUGAUAAGGAUGUUCGAGUUGAAGUUGCCAGACAGAGGGAGAUGAAAUGGCUUGAUAUGUUCAACCACUGGGAUAAGUGGAUCAAACAUCGCUUCCAGAAGGUGAAGCUGCGCUGUAGGAAGGGGAUUCCAUCUUCUCUCAGAGCCAAAGCCUGGCAACUGCUGUCUAACAGCCAAGACCUCCUAGAUGCCAACCCUGGGAAAUUUGCGGAGUUGGAGAGAGAGCAAGGAGAGGCUAAAUGGUUGGACAUUAUUGAGAAGGAUCUCCACAGGCAGUUUCCUUUUCAUGAGAUGUUUGCUGCUCGCGGUGGCCAUGGGCAACAAGAUCUGUACCGUAUCCUGAAGGCCUACACUAUCUACCGGCCUGAUGAGGGCUACUGCCAGGCCCAGGCUCCGGUGGCUGCAGUGCUGCUCAUGCAUAUGCCUGCUGAGCAAGCGUUUUGGUGCCUGGUCCAGAUAUGUGAGAAGUAUCUCCCUGGCUACUACAGUGCUGGGCUGGAAGCGAUUCAGCUGGAUGGCGAGAUCUUCUUCUCUCUGCUGCGGCGCACAUGUCCGAUGGCGUACCGUCAUCUUAAAAAGUUUAAGAUCGACCCAAUUCUCUACAUGACUGAGUGGUUCAUGUGUAUCUUCUCACGAACCUUACCAUGGUCCUCCGUCUUGCGUGUUUGGGACAUGUUCUUCUGUGAAGGAGUGAAGAUUGUGUUUCGUGUGGGCUUGGUGUUACUGAAACAAAUGCUUGGCUCUGUCGAUAAACUUCGGGAACUACAAGGCAUGUAUGAGACCAUGGAGCGUCUCAGAAACAUCUCACCUGACACUAUCAGAGAGGACAUACUUGUACAAGAGAUCAUUACACUCCCAGUGACUGAGGCACUCAUAGAGAGGGAGUGCAGCAUCCAGGUGAGGAAAUGGAGGGAGUCCAGAGGGGAGCUCACACACCAGCCUGGCCGUCGUCUCCAUGGCACGAGAGCCAUCUUUGAGUACAAACGACGUGCUGCCUCCAUCAGCUCUGGUGGCAGCUUCUCUUUCCUGGGAAGUUCUGUUCCACCACCAGGACCCCUCAGGGCCUCUUCUAGCCUCCUGUCACUCCCCGGCUUCCGCAAGUCUAAGACUCCAUUCUACUCCCAAACUAAAAAGGGCUCCUUCUCAGGACCGUCAGGAAUGGAGGGCAUACCACCUUAUUCUCCGCCUGCUGUAACAUCAAGUCCAAGCCAAGGCCCCAGCCAUAAGCCGCCUAUUCCUCCAGGAGCCGGUCAGAGAGCACCAGCACCUCAUGGUCAGAGCCCCUUAGUUGGGAAUGCAGCUGGCUCUUCCCGCGAGAUUGCUCAAGCUUCAGAGGGCCCAUCAGCACAGGGCCAGCAGACUUCUUUGGCCCCAGAGCAAAGCACACCACCACCCAGCACUCUGACCCCGUCUCCUAAGAUUGUCUCUGAGCAAAUAACUCCUACUAUCCCCUCACCUACUGCAAACAAUUCCCCUCUCCUGUGUCCAGAUUCAAAAAAAGAAGCGGAGUCAUCAGCUGGUGCCGCAACUGGAGAGGAAGAAGGAAAAAAGAAGAAGAAAAGCAAAGAUGACAAGAAGAAGGAAAAGGAAGAUGAGAAGAAAAAAAUGAAGGAAAAGAAGGAAAAGGAGAAGGCUGAAAAAGAGAGGCUCCGGAAAGAGAAAGAGAGGCUAGAUAAAGAGAAGAAGAAAGGGGGAAAGAAAAAGGAUAAAGGGGGAGGAGAAGUGGAGGACAAAAAUGGAGCCGCGGCGGGGAAAGAGUCGGCCUAGUUUUCCAGCCUGUCAUUCCGGGAUAAUGAAAGGGGAGACUGAACGUGAAGGAGGUCAGGGGGACAAAAUACCCCCAGAAACUGAAAGAGUAAUUAAUUUAAAAAAUGGGAUGGCUUCCUAUAGAAUGCAUCACUUUCAAGACUUAAUGUAGUCCAAGGACUGCGGUGGAGAAAACUGGAUCAUGGUUUUAAAAGCACCUCCGGUGGGCUUCAUGCCUCUCGCUCAAUGCUUUUGUUUUCCUUUUUAUUAAGAUGGGACAAAUUUCCUUUUCCAACUGGAUUGCGGGCUGUUAAUCUGAAUAUUAUUUCAGAAGAUGACAGUCAUCCGUUUUAGUUUUUUUUUUUUUUAUUAAUUUUUUUCACAUUUUUAUUAUUUUAAUUAGAUUGACAGCAAUGGUUACAGAAACAAUGGCUAAAGGGGUUAUUGAACUGAACGUUUGCAGAAGUAGUUACAGUGCCAUAGAGUAAGAAAAUAAAAAAAUGUACCAUUAAAGACUUAAGGAUCCCGUUAACACUUCAUAUGCUCCGUCAGUCUUUAUAUAUGAACAGGUUAUCUGGAUGUCCAGGGAAGAAGGAAAAAAAAAAACUCUUGGAAGUCAUCUCAAACACAGGCACUGAAGACAAAAAUGGUAGUAAUGUUGCUGAGGAUGUAUUUAUUGUCGUAUUAAAUGUUGUGAGUGUGUGCCUUAGUAGUAUAGUGAAACGUGGUCGUGUUCUAUGUGUGGCCUCCUUGUUUUCAGUCUCUCUCUCUGCCUGCUUUUAUUUCUCAAGUCAAACCAUUUCCUGUGGUUCUUCUCAAACCUUUAAUUUAUUGAGUCGUUGGCAUAGACGUGAUGGGUGAAACAGGUGAAAAUGGGGAGAAAAUUAAAAGUACAGUCAGACAUGGAGACUGUGAAGUGGUGGCAAAUGUUUUAUGUUUUGUGUUUGUUUUUUUUUUCUUUGUUUUUUUUUUCCUGACAAAAUAACACAAGGGUAGAAAGCAUUUUUACUUGAGGUUUUAGCUUUUUUUUUUUUGUUGCAAAAAGCAUGCCCAACAUUAUCAAUAAACAGUAUCUGUGCGCAAGUCCUGCAGACCAAAUGUCCUGUAAAAUUAGUAUUAUAUUGAAACAGAUUUUGAGUGCAUUUCACCCAGCCAAAUUUCAGUAUGGGUAAGAACUUAAGUUCAUUAACCCCUUAGAAUGUGAUUCAAGUAUCUUAGAACAAUGAAGGAUGUUUUUAUUUUAUUUUUUGCACUUUUUUUUUGUUGUUUGUUUUUUGUUUCAUUUUUGUUCCCUCACAAAGCAUUGCUGAACCUGACCACUUUGUUAUUGUGGUGACAUAGAAAGCGGGGGUCUCAGCAGACAGGUUACAGUUUGAAAUCUCUGCCUUGGGGACCUAUAAGAAGCCACUUGACUGGAGGUGCCAGGUGUGCCAAUGUAGCAUUAACCUCUGAUCUUUGACCUUUGUGCUCUGUUGUAUUUAUGUACAAAGUGGUUAAUUUAAUCAAAUAUAGUAUAUUAUGAAUUAUUAUUAUUAUUUUUGAUCUGACUAUUUUUGUAUGUGAGCAAGAGACACCUGGUUGACUGGAAUGAUGGCCGACUGCACGGUGUAGUUACAGAAGGGUCAUUCAAAGUGAUUUUACUUUUUGUAUUUUCUUUGCACGUUAAGUCCUCUGCUUUUACACAACAAACUCAAUGCAUGUCUUUUACUAUUGUUUACUGUCAAUGUUGGUUUGGUUAAAUUAGUUCACGAGUCUCCAGUUUACUGAAGUGCAGUAUUAAAUAGACUUGAGUGAAAGAAGUGGGCCUACGAGAGAACAAACUUUGAGACAAACGAUUCAUACAGAAUAUUUGGGAGUGGAAAUUCUAUGUACUGUAUAAUAUACUGAGAGAUGAUUUAUGAGCUUCUUGAAUAGUUCUUGAAUUGAAGAUCUUAAGUACAUCUCUAUCAACAGGUUGUGUUGUAACAUUCAUAAGGACUUACGGACUAACUUCCUAAUCUAUUUACACUCAGUGUUCUGUACUGUAACAUAUUUAUGCAUUCAUUAAAUGGCACUGAACUCCAUCAGUAUACGAUGAAUAGUGUCAGGUUGUUAGUGUAAAACAUUUGAUGGCAAGAAAAAAAAAAUACAUUGAUGCUCUUUAACCGUACUGUGUAAUAGAUAAUGAUUAGAGGGACUUACGUGUAAUUGUAGCCAACAUGUCCUCCAUUGUUUCUCCACUUAUUUGAAGUCUUUACAUGGCUGUCAUAUAAAUAUAUAAAUAUUACACACACACACUCCAUCCCUCUUCUGUUUUGAUGCCAGUGCAUUAUAGGCACGGAUUAAUAUAGUGUUAGUGUGGAUAACCUGAACACGUCUAUGCAAAGUUCCUCCAUCAUGACUCUUGAUGUGUGUGGCGACAGCAGCACUGAUGUCACCCCUGAUCAGAAAGAUCUGAACGGUGUCAUGUAAAGAUGAAUCCCGUGCUUCAAAAGUAGGUGUUUUUCUUAGCACACUUUCAGGCCCUUGUUUGUGAGCAAUACGUCCUCCGUGCUCAUGUCUUGGCGAUCGUGUCGUUUCUCCUCGUUCAGUGGGCCGGGGUUACAGUCACGAUCAAAUGACACUAGCUGUGGGGUCGGCAUAUAGCUCUGCAAUAUUCAGGAUAAAUGAAGAAAAUCAGUUUCUGUGAGGUCUUUUGUGCAUUUCCGCAUUUAUCCUCAAGUCGUUCUUGAUUACAUCGAAUUGGGAAUGACUCCACAGAUGCAAAUAUUUAAAAAAAAAAAAAAAAAAAAAGUGUGUUUCUGCUGUUUUUCUCCCCAUGCCAUUACGUCUGUUGUGUCUUUACGUUUACAAGUCACUCCAAUGAAAGUGAAAUAAAUUCAUAGCUAAUUGAAUUCAUUCCUUCAGAUCUACAACUGAUGUAUUUAUAAUUAAUGAUAAUGACAUUUGUGAUGAGUAAUAAACCAUAAUAUAUUAAAUCAUUAUGCCGUUUUUGUCUUCCUUGAUGUGCAAUCGACCCUGUUUGGCUGAGCUAUUUGAACAUGAGGCAACGUUUCAUAUGUUUAGAAAUAUUGAAUAUAUAUUGAGAUUUGGGCCUAUAUACACAAUUUAUUUCUAAUUCAGAAAAGUCAGUGGUAAAAGAGGUAGUUUGAUGUUUUACAUACAGUAGUUUGUAAUCUGUUUAGGGCUCAUAUCUGUAACAGAAGAUAUAAAGGAAGUCCACUAGAGGUCAGUAGGGGUGCAGAUGCGGGAUUAUGCAUCAUUUUCUCAAACCCUGCCGCACAGAGCCACUGAACAGACACACUUGUACAAAAGGAAAGAGAUUUUAUUCACAGUUUGUCCCUUUUAUUCAUUACAAAGGAAAGGCGAGGAAGGAUCCAGUCACUGGAUUUGGGGCAGCUUAUGGGAAAAAAAGAUGAUUCACUGGCUGCAAGAAGGAGCGGAGGGAAAGAAAUCGAAGACUAGCAUGUUUUCUUUCGUCCCUUUCUCUCCUCUCCUUCAGAUUUUUUUUCUUUUCACUCCUCAAGGAAACAAAGUUGUCCUCACUUUAAGGAGACAACUCUCCCCAUCUUAACCUGCAAAGGCUCUCCCUCCUCUCACCUCUUGUAGCCAAGAGGACAUCUUCAAAAUUUGGAAUGAGGUCCUCAACUUGCCCCUCCAAACAAUAAACCUGUUUCCCUCCGAGGUACCGAGGGAAGCAGGGGGUCAUUCACACAAACACUUCAGAGACUCAAGUGACAAGUCAGACAGAGGUAAAGAGGUGAUAGACAGAAGAUGGUUGCAUGAAAAGAAAGGAUGUUUGAGAAAUGUGGUGGUUGGAAAUGAUGUCACAGGAUAAUUUUAUUGAAAAUCAUCCCUAUUCCCCAUAAGCAAACAUAGACACCCCAUGGGCACCAGACAUGUGUCCGCGUGGCAAGUCUUUGGUUUGAACACGAGCGUCUGAGCACAAGGGUUCACACAGAGGGUAAGUAGGGAG